AUGGACGUUAAUGUACAGGCUGGUGGUGACGGCCCUGUGGGUGUUGUACCAUGUGAGAACUGUGGCAAACCAUCGCACAAGCGGUGCAGUCGUUGCAAGGCGUUUGCUGUGUGUGAUAAGGCGUGUAUGGCAGCUAUAUGGCGCAGACACAAGCCGGACUGUAACAAUGUGGUGGCAACUCAGAAGCACCUGGAUGUGUACACGAAAUAUGGCGUGGAGGAACCUCCUGGACGUAAAUCCAAGAUGAAUGUGGACAAGAAGUCAGCGUUCUUUCUGGAUUUCCUCAAGGUACACGAUAGCUCGUCGCCUGAGAACAAGAACGCUCCUCUUCCUGAGAAGUUGUUCCUCAACCGUCGGUACAACAACGCGUACAGCCACGCGAUGAAGACGUUGACUUUCCUUGAACUUGAUCGUCUCAAUGCACUGAUGCAGAAGCACCACAUUGGUACGGCGAAUCGCAUGUGUCAAUGA